UAAGAAACGCUUUUCAAUCAACUAGACACCGGUUUUAAAAACACAGUCUGUUAAUUAUGUCUGGACAAGUUUGAAGGUUGACAGCGCGGUUUGUGAACAUUAUUUUACAAUGACAAUCGAUAAUCUACCUGAGCCUGGGUCAAGUAUAACAGCGUAUUGUUCUGACACUCUAAUACAAGGAGAUGUUCUUUGUGUGGAUGUACCAAAAAGGCUGAUCGUUCUGCAAAAGCCUUCCAGUAUGGGCAGGCCUGAUACAUGUGACAUACUUAUUCUACGCGCUGAUUACCUUAGAGAUCUAAAGAGCACAAAAGAGGGGUCUCCAUCAGCUUGUCCUGAAAUAAACAUUGAAAAGAUAACUGAGCGUAUCCGAGUUAAUGAACGUAUUCAAAAGGAAAAGUUAAAGUUUUAUAACCAUGAUGUCCCUGUUGAUGCUCGUAAACUUGCCGAAUAUCUUGAGACUUUUUUCACUGUAGUUUGGGACAAGCCGAAUGUUGUUGUGAUGGAGCACACAGUCAUCAGCCCUCCUUAUAAGGAGAAUAAUGUGUCUUGCAACUCAGAUACACAGCAAGCGAGAUCGCAAACAGAAUAUGUACAGAGAAUGGUUAGUCGAUUUUAUCAAGAGCGAGUCACAGAAAACAGGAGUGGAAAUUAACACAAUUCAACUUUCUAAAAAUACACAAUACCCUUAAUCUGUUCGUCUUUCUAAUGAACUAUUUGUAUCAUGCUAAUAUUCGGUCGUCUCAUUCAUCCAUUGAGGUUCGACGUUAGAUCAUUAUCACACAUAAAAAUAUAGUUACGUACCUCAAAUUUUACUUUUAA